GCAAAUCGACCGCCAGUCCACAUCCCCAGCGGAACAAUGUGCAUCCGAGAGCUUCAGAUGAUGGGGCCGCUCCUGCUGCUGCUGCUGCUGGCAGUAGCGGGCUCCUCCGCCUCGGCCUUGGCCCAGCCGGAAGCGCGAAUCAUCAUCGGCACCACAGUGGACAUUGGACGGCAUCCAUACCUGGUCUCCUUGCGGUAUCGUCGCAACGAGACGACCAGCUACAUGCACGAGUGUGGCGCAGUGAUAUACUCCGAGCAGGCCGUGGUCACCACUGCCCAGUGCUUGUGGAAUCUGCCAGAAGGCACCAAAGUAUUGGCCGUGGCCGCCGCAAAUACCCGCAAGGGCAGCGACGGACUUGUGGUCCCAGUCUCCAACUGGACGCUUCACCCCAGCUUCGACUACAUCACCGUCGACUACGACAUCGCCGUUUUGAUCCUGGAUUCGCCCUUGAAUCUAACCAGCUUCGGCGUUCGCUCCAUUCGACCGCAGCGUCCGGCCGUGGGGCGGCUGGCCACAAUCGCCGGCUGGGGCUAUCGCGAAGAGGGGGGCCCCUCCAGCUACCGGCUGGAGCAGGCUCAAGUGCCCAUCGUCAGCUCGGAGCAGUGCAACCAGAUCUACGGCACUGGUGAAGUCACCGCGGGAAAUGUGGCUCAUGGUGGUAUUGACGCCUGCCAAGGCGACACCGGCGGUCCACUGGUCAUCGACGACCAGCUGGUUGGCCUCGUGUCCUGGGGACGCGGCUGUGCCCGUCCAGGCUAUCCCUCAGUCUAUACCUACGUGGGCAGCCUGAAGAGUUGGAUCGAUGAAACCCUGGCGGCCAGUGGGGCGCAGUAAACUAAGGAAUUUUCUAGUUAUCCGCU